AUGAAGAGAACACAUUCCUUCUCCGCCUCUUACUCGAGGUCCGUCAGUCCUCACUAUCCCUCGACAAGGCGCUCCUUCGAGCGUCCAGUCUCUCCAGGGUCCUCAUCCGGCAGCCAUGCCUCCGGGGUCUCUCACCCUCCGGGAUCACGCAAUGGGCGAAAGUUGACAAUCUUGAACAACAUCUCCAGUGAUGAACUUCUGGAUUCUGUCGAGAACUGGGAUGAUGGCUGCUAUUCGACUUCCCCGAUACCCUCCCAGUCUAGUGUUCCCCGGCAAUCUAAAUUGUCGAGUCGCCAGUCUUUCAGACCUCCUAGCUCCAGUGCUGCUCACAAUUGGGACGACAGUCCUCCAUCACUGCUCAUUCGUCAGCAGAGAGGCGAUUAUACACCGCAACAAUCGUUGACGAACCACGCAUCAACAGACUUGGUGUGCAGUCUCUGCUCGCGUCGCUUCCGUCGCCAGGAGCACCUCAAGCGCCAUAUCCGCUCUCUUCAUGCUCAAGAGAAGCCCCUUGAGCAUCACAGCCACGUCAACCUGGCUCAUCAUCAUCCCCACAUCCACGACCUCAUGGACCGGUUUUUUCAGGUUGAGGGUCGGUUACCUAUUGAUUUGCGACCCAUGAUGCAUACUACACCCCCUCCACUACCUCCGCCACCAAGAAUACGGGAUCUGGAAAGUGGUUAUGGUGCCGGUUGGAUCCCUGCGAAUUCCGAGAAAUCUGCUCUUGCUCUUCCAUUGAUCGAUACCACUUCAGGCUUGUUUGCAGGACGUAGAUCUGAUUCUAGUCUGCGAAGUGAUCCCAUAGCGGUGGAUGAGCCAGAAGGAAGACAAGGUGGCCUACCAUUAUCACGCAAACCGAAAAUCCAGUUCGAUUCUAUGUCCGUCAUUUCGCCCUCAGGACCCGUACCCCAAGGAGUGUGCGACUGCGACUUCUCGUUAGAAAGCGAUAAUGCAUAUGAUCAGCAUCUACUACCACAUAUCGCAACCCCAUUUCCCCCUCGAAGCUCUAGCAGUCAUUGA